AUCUUUGAUGAGGGCACGGCUCCCGGUCCAUUGAAGAAGGAGACCCGAGGAGGUCAGCAGCGGCUGUCCUUGCCUCCCAGCUGCCGCACCGACCCGCCGGCCCCGCCGCCGCGGCCCCGCGCAGGGCUCCAGAAGCCGAGGCUCACGAGCAGCCGAGGGCAAAUCCUUGAUCUGCAGCUUCCACAAACACACCCGCAGCUAAAAUGGCGGAAGACGCUGACAUGCGCAAUGAGUUGGAAGAAAUGCAGCGGCGUGCCGACCAGCUCGCUGAUGAAUCCCUUGAGAGCACCCGUCGAAUGCUGCAGCUCGUUGAAGAGAGUAAAGAUGCUGGUAUCAGGACUUUGGUUAUGUUGGAUGAGCAAGGAGAACAACUGGAGCGCAUCGAAGAGGGAAUGGACCAAAUCAAUAAGGACAUGAAAGAAGCAGAAAAGAAUUUGACGGACCUAGGAAAAUUCUGUGGUCUUUGUGUCUGUCCGUGUAACAAGCUUAAAUCAAGUGAUGCUUACAAAAAAGCCUGGGGCAAUAAUCAGGAUGGUGUUGUAGCCAGCCAGCCUGCACGUGUUGUAGAUGAACGGGAGCAGAUGGCCAUCAGUGGUGGUUUUAUCCGCAGGGUAACAAAUGAUGCCCGGGAAAAUGAAAUGGAUGAGAACCUUGAGCAGGUCAGCGGCAUAAUUGGCAACUUACGUCACAUGGCCCUGGACAUGGGCAAUGAGAUCGACACACAGAAUCGCCAGAUUGACAGGAUCAUGGAGAAGGCUGAUUCCAACAAAACUAGGAUUGAUGAAGCCAACCAGCGUGCAACAAAGAUGCUGGGCAGUGGUUAAAUGCAGCAAAGUGCAUUUUCUUUUAGUGCUGCCCAACAGGGCAGUACCUUCAUGCUUUGAUCAUGGUAUUUACCUACUAGGUUUGCACACAUGCACAUAUCAGCCCCAUUGUAAAUGUUGUCCUGUGUAGUUUGUCAGCUUUCCAAAAAUGAUACUUGUAAUUAUUUUUUUCUAGAUAUCUUUCUUUCCAAAGGUUGUACAUAGUGCUGAUUUGAUGGCUAUAGCUCACUAUGAUGUUUUUUGGGAUUUUUCCUUUCCUUCUUUCCAUUUUGGAUUACUUUCCUUUUUUUCCCCUCUCCUUUUUUUUUUUUUUUUUUUUUUUUAAUGAUGUUUGCUGAAUGACAACACUGUUGGAAUGCUAAACGUGCUGUUAACCUUUAAAUAUACAGUAUUGUUCUUGUAAAACUGUGACAUUCCACAGAGCUACUGCCAUGCUCCUGUCUUUGGGUAUCAUGAUGUUUAAGCACUUAAACCUGCUGUCUUCAGUUCUUCAUUGCCAUUAUCUGUCGUUACGAUUUCAUGAUUAGACAAUGUGAAAUUAUAUUACUAUAACAAGCAUUGCACUAAAAAGUGAUGUGAUUUAUGCAUUUAUGCAUGAGGAAUAAAUAGACGUUUAGACUCCUACUUAAACAAGAAUUUUCCCAUGGCAGUAGCACACCAACAAUGACAACAAAAGCAUGCUCAGUAUUCGGACUCUUUUGGGACUAUGUUAUACCAGCAAGUUUGCAGUCGUGCCACUUUUUUCUUGUUGAUAUAUAUAUAUAGUUAUUAACCAUGAUCAUUUUUUUUUUUAUUAUGAAAAAAGAGGGAUUUGGCACUCACCAUUUAGCCAUUGCCAGCAAAAUAAAAGCUUGGCUGAAAAUAUGUCAAAGACAAAAAGAAACAAGUGUAAUAUAUUGGGUUUGUCUUGCUGCUUUUGAAGACUAUCUUUUGGAGGAGACGACUACCAUAAGAAAUGGUGCAAAGAAACGUAAUUUUUAUAAGGCUCUCUCUUACUAGUCGCUAUCCCCAUGUGGUUUGUUAUUGGUACAGUUCUCUGUUGCUUACCUAGAGCUAUGCACACCAAAUCGCUGAGAUGUUUAGUAGCUGAUUUAAUUAAAAAAUAAUAAAAAACCUAAAUGAAUGAACUCUAGAUAAACUGUGAGAUAAAUAUAAUUUACAGCAUGUAAUAUGAAAUUCCUUAUGUCUCCUGUCAGUUUGUGAAGUGAUUGACAUUUUGUAGCUAGUUUAAAAAUUAUUAAAAAUUAUAGAUCUCAGAA